UUUGAAGCACUUUUUCCUGUCCCCUUUGUGUAAAUUAAUUCUUGGUAGUGUUAUCGAGUGUCACUAAUCAGUCUGGUACGGGUGAAGAGAUGAGAACUGCACUGUUGUGUCUGUUUGCUGUGCUGCUCACUGCUACGGUCUGCCAAUCAAUUAAAAAUCCAUGUGUCUGCCUCAAGAUAUCAAAUACAAUUGUUCCUGCCAUAAAAAUAAAAAAAUACUAUCUGCAGAAGUCAGGCCUCUGCUACAUUACAGCUGCUGUACUCACGACGAUGAAAGGAUAUACGGUCUGUGCAGAUCCAAAGAAGGCCUGGGUUAUGAAAGCCAUGAAAUUAGUCGAUGCCAAAGGGACUGAGCACAGAGUGAUUACAGCGGGUGGUUCACACAGCAUACGCCAAUUGAAAAUCCUCAAGAUAUCACAUAGAAUUGCGCCGCCCUCAAAACUCACAACAUUGAAAGGAGGUACGGUCUGUGCAGAUCCACAGGAAGCCUUGGUUCUGAAAGCCAUGCAAUUAGUGGAUGCCAAAAGGAGGACAGGUUCCACAACAGCAAGUGCCAUGUCUACUGCCUCUGAGAGCACAGUGAUUACAACAGCCCUGACUCAACUACAACCACAGCAGCAACAGGAAACCUGCUUCCUGUACCUCUGCUUCACAAUGCUUUCAAAUAUACACAGACUCACUGAUCAGUCUGGGACGGGUGAAGAGAUGACAACUGCACUGUUGUGUCUGUUUGCUGUGCUGCUCUCAGCCACCAUCUGCCAAUCAAUUGAAAAUCCAUGUCUCUGCAUCAAGAUAUCAAAUAGAAUGGUUCCUGCCUCAAGAAUAAAAAGUUACUAUCUGCAGAAGUCAGGUCUCUGCCACAUUACAGCUGCUGUACUAACGACAAUGAAAGGAGGUACGGUCUGUGCAGAUCCAAAGAAGGUCUGGGUUAUGAAAGCCAUGCAGUUAGUGGAUGCCAAAAGGACGACUGGUUCCACAACCACAAGUGCCAUGUCUACUGCUUCUAAGCGCACAGUGAUUACAACAGCAAUGACUUGGGGAAAUGGUUGCUGCUUGAAAAUAUAUUCAAUUCAAAGACUGCAUGCGAAACAUGUUGCGGAUUGUAAAGUACAGAGGGCAGGACUUUGCCCCUUUGAUGCAAUCAUUAUCAAGACACUUAAAGGCCAGACCUUCUGUUACGAUCCACAGGCAACUUGGAUUAUGAAACAUGCUGUGAUGAAGGGAAGCGACUCUUGUGAAAUCCAAAAAAAGAAGCCAAAGAGCAAAAAGGCAGGGAGGGGAGGGAAAAGGGUGAAGAGGAAACGGAAACAGGGGAAAGGAAAUGUAAACUAGAUGUUUCGGCUAUUUCUGUUAAAAUACAAUGCGCUUAAAUCAAAUGCUUUUUUUUUAGUGCUGGCACUCAUCUAAAUAAGUAAUUAAUACGUUGUUCGGCUUUAACCAUCUAAAAUAUUGGCUUAAUUAACAUUUUCUUAAUUAACAAGGUUAUCUUUAUAAUGUUUACUGUUGAAUUGUAUUCCUUUAUGUCUUAUUAUGACUUUUUUCUCUAUACCAUACAAAAACAUGUAGUUCAUGGACUGUGCGUAGUAUGCAAUAUACCAAUGUCUUCUAUUUUUAGAUCUAUGUCUAAUAUAUACCUAUGUCCAAAAAUUCUAUAUUUAAGCAUAUAUUUUAUCUGUGAUAUUUAAUGAAGGCUUCAUAUAAAUAAGAUAUUUAAUAAAGGUUGUAAGAUUUUUACCCUUUUUUCCUUUUUUUCAUGUCCAUUAUUGACAUAUUUUGAAGAAGACAUUUCUCUGAUGGAAUAUUUAAUGAAUAAACCUUUUUUUUGUUAGUUUCUGUCACACUUGUAAAAAUCAUAUGAUAUGUUUAUCAGAUAUAUACAUUUCCAUGUAUGUAGUUU